UCUCGUGCUCUUGAUCAAUCGCUGUCUUGUUCCCGCCGCAUCGCCCUGAAGUGUAUUGACUUUUCACGAGGAGAGAUUGGUAUACGGCGCAUACGUAAACCCUACAAAUUCUCGAUAAGGACUAGAACAAGUGGAAGACUGCAGAGAAAACAGGCUGAAAUUGCCUGUCAAAGCGGAAUCAAGAUGAAUGUGAUUCUUGCAGUUAAGCAGUAUGUUGCCAAGAUGAUAGAGGAAAGUGGACCGGGCAUGAAAGUGCUUCUUAUGGAUAAAGAUACGAUCAGCUAUGUCAGCAUGGUGUAUGCCCAGUCUGAGAUACUACAGAAGGAAGUCUAUCUGUUUGAACUUCUCAGCAAUGGCUCACGUGAAAUGAUGAAACAUCUCCGAUGUAUCUGCUUCAUCAGACCAACGAAGGAAAACAUCGAUCUUCUGUGCUAUGAACUGAAGAAUCCCAAGUACGGCAUAUACUGCAUUUAUUUCAGCAAUGUAGUCAGUAAAAGUGAUGUGAAGCGGCUAGCAGAAGCAGACGAGCAGGAGGUCGUGAGAGAAGUCCAGGAGUUCUACGGUGACUUCAUCGCUGUCAGCCCACAUAUCUUUUCCUUUAAUAUCGUGGGAUGCUCACGGGGUAACGUGUGGAGCACGGGAGUCCUGAACAGAAUCUGUGCAGGUGUAACCGCUGUUCUGCUGUCUCUGAAGAAAUGCCCCAUGAUACGCUACCAGAACUCGUCCGAGCUAUCCAAACGAUUGGCAGAAAAUGUCAAGCAAGUAAUAUCCAAGGAUGCAGGACUGUUUGACUUCCGAAGGACUGAUGUGCCUCCUCUCUUGCUAAUAGUGGAUCGACAUAGUGACGCAGUCACGCCCCUUCUGCAUCAAUGGACCUACCAGGCCAUGGUGCAUGAGUUGCUUGGUAUCCGCAACAACCGCAUCGACUUGUCCAAAGUACCAGGCAUCACCAAGGACCUACAGGAAGUGGUGUUGUCUGCUGAGCAGGACGAGUUCUAUGCUGCGAAUCUCUACAACAACUUUGGUGAGAUUGGCGCUCGGAUCAAGGAACUCAUGGAAGACUUCCAGAAGAAGAGUCAGAGCACCAAGAAGAUUGAAUCCAUCGCUGAUAUGAAGGCAUUUGUGGAGAACUAUCCCCAGUUUAAGAAGAUGUCCGGCACGGUGGCUAAGCAUGUAACCGUGGUUGGGGAGCUGUCUAGGAUGGUGGGGUUGCACAAUCUGCUGGAGGUUUCAGAGAUUCAACAAGAGUUGGCAUGUCAGAAUGAUCACAACGAAGCCCUCAAGAAAGUACGAGGGCUGAUCAUGAGUGAUAAAGUGAGGGAGCUGGACGCGUGCUGCCUGGUGGCAUUGUACGGCCUACGGUACGAACGCCAUAGCAACAAUGACUUCAUGACGUUACUGAGCGCGCUCACAAAGAGGGGAGUCAGUGAACGAAAUAAGAGGUUGGUGAGGGCUGUCGUUGAGUAUGGCGGUGAGAGAGCUAGAGGAACGGAUCUCUUUGGUCAGAACAAUCCCAUCUCCAGAACAAGAAGAUUCUUCAAAGGACUGAAGGGUGUUGAGAACAUCUACACUCAGCACACGCCGCUGCUGCAGGAGACGUUGGAUCAGUUGAUUAAAGGCAAACUGAGGGAAGGAAGUUAUCCCUAUCUGGGGCCGAGUCAACUCAAGGACAGACCCCAAGACAUCAUUGUGUUCAUGAUAGGAGGUAUAACCUAUGAGGAAGCCCUUGCCGUGUGCAACAUCAACAAGUCAAACCCAGGCGUAAGGGUCGUCCUGGGGGGUACUACGUUACACAACUCACAAACAUACCUCGAAGAAGUGGCCAUAGCACAGCACAUGUGAAGGAUCUUCCCCCAGAAACGUCAACACAUCUCAUAAUUGGGAGGUAUACUUGGAUUCCAUUUUCAAUUCAAAGACAUACAGAUAUGCAGCUGCCCAGUGUGUAUAUUGUAGGUAGUAAUAGUGCAGCGUAAGCCUAUAAUUCCAGAUUGGGCCAUUUGCAAUAAUUGGGCCUGUUGGCAGAAGUAGGGACCAUCUAGCAGUAUAGGAAAGCGCACAUGGAAAGCGUGACGUCAUUAGGUCUCAGGCUUAUUGCAGUGAUGAUUUGCAGAGAGUGCUUAGUAGACCAUUAUCAUGUUGCAGCCAUUUGAUUUUUUCCCCAUUCAAAUCAACGUAACCAAAGCAAGGCUGGAAGGAAAAAUAGUCUGGUUCCUUUCUGCACAAAAAACAUUAUCAUUCAGUACUGUUAUUUGAUACAGGGAACAAGACUGAAAUGGUGGCAGCAAGAUAAAGGUGUAUUGCUGAACUGCCUGAGCUUAUUGCCACAUUAUUUAUUGGAUAUAUUUUAUAUUUUAGUUAUAUAGAUAUAACUUGCUGGAUAUGCUAAUCCCUGCAAAGUUGUUACGUUUUUCAUUUCGUCCCUUAUAAAAAUGAGUCCUCUGAUUUAAAUAUUGUUUCACGUCUUGAGUUGGGGUUUAGUACUGAUCUGCUUUGAAUAAAGUAUACAACUUUUUAAAAGGCAACCAGCCAUGGGAUGUCACCCACAUCUAGCUGUCACAUGUUCUGUUUGUGCUACAGUUUUACGUGUAUAGACAGUCUAUAUCUUCACAAAAUAUAAAAUAAAAGCCAAUAUUGUUAACAAGUGACUUUAAUUAUGAUCUGGGCUUGGCAUGAGGGAUUGCAAAUGGAAGUACUUUGAUUGGGAGAUUUUCACAUAGCCUACUGUCAUUAUAGAGUCAACUUGUACCUUUGCCAACUCGAUCAGUCCAGCAUGGAACUUAAAGUGAAGUCAAUCAUAAACACAAACGUCUAUCACUAACCACAAGUAACUGGAUGAAAAAUGACAAUGCAGAGGAUGCAAUUACAGUCAAACAUGGAACAUGUACCAAGCAGUUUUGGUGUAGCCAAGGGCUUUUUUUAAGAAGAAUUCUCUUGAUUGUCUUUCUGCGGUCAGUCUUUCCACUUAAUAAUAAAUCCUGGUGAAGAGACAACUGCACUCACAAAAUGUAUUGCUGGCCCAAAAUUAACCUUUCAUAUCGGUUUAAGUCCUAAGUCUUGCAAAAUGUUAAUGGAUUUAUCUAUUGUCGUCUGAUGGGGUACAUCAGACUUUCUUUGCUCCAUGCCAUCAAUUAUCAAUGUCACGUGCUUGCUUGAAUUUACAAAAGCGUGGACAUCAUGUUCUUUUUCUCUUUCCAGUAAAUAUAUUAAACAUGCACAUGCUUUUUGGAAGAAGAGGUGAGACCCACCUGAAAUUCUGCAGUGUGUCUUGGCAUACACUUGUUAUUUGUUCCAAGUUGGAGGGAGAUUGAUCAUCCUUUUAUGAGGCAUAAAGUCACCAAAAGUGUGGAAAAAUACA